GAUAACAUCCGUUACGUCGGUACUCUUCUGCACUUUUAGUUCGUGCUCGAAAUCUAAGCACCAAUGGCGAAAGUUAACAAGAUCAUGGCUGUUCUGGUAGCCACGAGAGACGUGUUGAUUAACCGAUUCGGGUUCGAACAGACGAAUAUAAAGCUCCUUACGGAUGCACCAGCAGCAGAUGGAGAUGGGUCGUCGUCAACCACAGUUUUGCCUACCGGAGCCAACAUAAAGGCAGCAUUGAGUAAGAUGGUGAGCCAGGCCGAAGCCGGUGAUGUGUUGUUUUUUCAUUAUAGUGGACGUGGAACAAGUACAGACAUGGACUUCAGACAAUUAGUUAACCAAGUGCCCGAAGGAGCAAGUUUCACGAUCCUGGCGGAUUCAUGUCACAGUGGCGGUCUCAUCGACAAAGAAAAAGAACAAAUCGGACCAUCUACGUACAAGACAACUUCAUCACUUUCUUACAAGCCCAAGAGCAUCCCUUUCGAAUCCAUACUUGAGCACUUAUCAUCACUAACAGGGAUCAACUCAUCCGACAUCGGUACCCAUUUGUUAGAAUCCUUUGGUUCCAAUGCCAGCCUUAAAUUCCUCGUACCACAACUCAAGUUCGAUCUAUUCGAGUUCUUGAAGCCCGACGAGGGGAUUCUCUUAAGUGGGUGCCAAGCAGACGAGACGUCGGCCGACAUGAACCCUAUGAUGACGGAGAGCGGUGGAAAGGCUUACGGGGCGUUUAGCAAUGCCAUCCAGAUGGUACUCAAAGAGAACCCCGGUGGAUUAAGCAAUAAACAGGUCGUGAUGAUGGCUAGGAAGGUUUUAGAGGCUCAAGGAUUUGAUCAACACCCUUGCCUUUAUUGCAGCGAUCGGAACGCCGAUGUUACUUUCUUGUCCUACCCCAACAACAAGCCCUCGGUAUCGGAAAUUUAAACAUCGAUUGUAACAUGAUGUUAAGAUCGUUAUUUUAUGAUUUUGAUCAUUCGAAU